UGUCGGGAUCCGGAGCGCGCGAGCCCCGCGCGGAUCCCUGCGGGCGCCGCCGCCGGUCCCGUUGGAACAAAGUGCCCGGAGGAGCGGAGCGGAGCGCGGCGGGAGCGGGGCCGUCGGCUCGUGGGGACGGCCCGGGGGGCGCGCGGCCCGCGAGCAGGCGGGAGGCAGGGAGGGAGGCGGCGGCGCGGGAAGGGAGGCAGCGGGGCCGAGAAGAUGAACCGGAGUUUCAACAAAUCUCAGACUCUGCGGUAUCUGGAGUGCAGCGCAGUGGAAGUGAAGAGUAAGUUUGGGGCAGAGUUCAGAAGGUUCUCUCUGGAUCGCUACAAGCCAGGAAAGUUUGAAGACUUCUACAAACUAAUUCUUCACAUUCAUCACAUAGCCAACCUGGAAGUGAUGAUUGGAUAUGCUGAUGUGCAUGGAGACCUUCUCCCUAUUAAUAAUGAUGACAACUUCUUCAAGGCUGUUUCAAGUGCUCAUCCACUGCUCAGGGUUUUUAUACAAAGACAAGAUGAAGUAGACUACAGCAAUUUUGGGACCAACACGCUAUCAAGGAAGAAGAAGGCUCUGGUGACACUCCGCAAUGACAACCUCCGACGGCGUCCUCACAUUAACAUUAGCAUGCCUCAUGAUUUUAGACCAGUGUCUUCCAUAAUUGAUGUGGACAUUCUUCCUGAAACACACAGGAGAGUGAGGCUGUAUCGACACGGGUGUGAGAAACCCUUAGGAUUUUACAUUCGCGAUGGCACCAGCGUAAGAGUUACUCCUCAUGGACUGGAAAAAGUACCCGGUAUCUUCAUCUCUCGUAUGGUUCCUGGUGGCUUAGCAGAGAGCACAGGCUUGCUGGCUGUGAAUGAUGAAGUCCUGGAAGUUAAUGGCAUUGAAGUAGCAGGAAAGACUCUUGACCAAGUCACAGACAUGAUGAUUGCCAACAGCCAUAAUCUUAUUAUCACAGUCAAGCCAGCAAACCAGAGGAACAAUAUUAUUCGGAGCAGUAGGAUGUCUGGUAGCUCUGGCCAGUCUACAGACAGCACUGCGAGUCACCACAGCUUGCCUACAUCCCAUGUGCUGCAGAACUUCCACCCUGAUGAAAUGGAGAGUGAUGAAGAGGCUGACAUUGUCAUUGAGGGUGGUCUGGAGCCACAGCACAUUCCUAAACUGCACAGCCUUACUUCCAGUAGCCUCUCUCGAAUCAAUGGCAGCAGCCUUAGCCACAGACUUCAAAGGGACCUGGUGCUCAACAACAACUCUGGCCGAGAAAGCAAUGGCAACAUCCACAAAUUACUCAGUUCCUUAAAAACUGAUCCCCGACACAGUCUGGUUAUCCCCAGAGGAGGUAUCGAGGAGGAUGGAACAGUCAUUACGCUUUAGUAGCAACUUCUGCAAUUCUCCUUACAGUCUUAAGUGCCAAUUGGGACAAUUAACUCGUGCAACAUGUUAUGCACAAAACAGGGAGCUGAUAUUCUCAUAGACCUCACGGGUGCAGAAAAUUGUUGCUUUCUAGGAAACGUGGCAUCUGGAGUUAGACAUAAAGCUGUCAUGCACUGCAAAAUUUGUCAGGAGAAAGCCAGAGUGCAAAAUCUGGUUCAUAUCCCAGCCCUGAAGUGAGAACACAAAUUUGUUUUAGUUGUUAUAAAUCUAAGCAGUCUUACAGGCUACCCAUAGCAAUGCUACAUACUUGGGUUUGAAUACAUGGGUGGAUGUAUUAAUACGUGCAUGUAUACGAAUUAGAUUUUAAUAGUAACAGACAUGUCUAUUUGAAGUGGAACCUGGUUUUCUUCUAAUACUGGCUUAAAGGGGGCGCUUCUUAACAGCCAUCCCAUCUUCUACUGUUACACACAGCCCUUCUGCUAACUUGUUUACACCAUAUUUUCAGCCUUAUGUCUAAUCCAGACGAGCUCUACAUAAAAGUAGCUGUUUCCUACUCUGGUGGUAACAACGUUUGGGAGAUGCUGCAAGUACAUUUUCCAAAGGAAACUGUAGAUUCUAUAUAUAUAAAAAUAAGUGGUUUUAGAGGCCCGAGGCGGCCGUGUGUAGGAUGUAGCCGUGACUGCUGGGGCACGGUCGCCACCUGCGGGCCAGCGCUGGGAACGCGGGGAGGCACCGACACGGCGGGGUCAGCGCCGCUGUGUGGUGGUGUAUUCUUUUCCGAUAUUUAUUAGAUAAUACCUCUUGGUUUUUUCCCCAUCAUCUCUCUCUUUUUUUUUUUUUU